AUGACUGCUGCCGGAAAGGGGCAUGACAUGAUCUGUCAGAAGGCAGUGUCUCUCAUAGUUGACCUCUGUACGCAGGACAGCCCGCGGCUGGACCACAACACCUGUGAGGAGUUCCUCUUUCUCAUCUCCAAUCAAGAGUACAACCACAAGGAUUCAGUGUGCGUAGAGCUCAGUGAGGGAUCUGCCCCCAGCCUUUCGCCGUAUCUUGCUGACUGGCUUGCUCUGACUGCCAUAGAAACGGGGUUCUUAAGCGCGGUGGAGGCUCAUUCUGCCUGGGCGCUGCCGAGCGUAAGCAUCACAGGAGGAGAGAGAGAGGGAAAGUGUGAGAAGAAAGACACAAGUAUUGACUUCGCUGUUGGCCUCCCCAUCGGUGUGAUAAUAGCGUGUGGCUUGGCGCUGCUGUUGCUCACUGCAUUCGUCUCCUGGAAGCUGUGCUGGGUCCCUUGGAGGAACAAAGCCCUCUCGUCGAGUUCUGCGGCCCUCGCACCUGACGACUGCCCCUCGUUUCAUUUACCGUCUCUUCUGCCCAGUCCUCAGCCGUCUGAGGUCAAUAUGGCGACUGAGAAGGAAAAGUAUCCUAUGGCGUCGAUGGGCUUCCUGGAGGCAGCUGUUAAAAUAAGUCACACCUCUCCCGACAUCCCUGCCGAGGUGCAGCUCUCCAUGAGGGAGCACUUCUUGCGCCGUACACAGCGCAUGCAAAGACAGACCACAGAGCCAGCGUCAUCCACCAGGCAUAGUUCCUUCAAACGUCACCUUCCCCGUCAAAUGCAGGUAGGGAGUCUGGACCUGGGAGAUGACUAUGAAGUGGAUGAGCAGCCAACCAGCAUUGGCCGUAUCAAGCCUGAACUCUACAAGCAAAUGACCACAGAGAACGACGAAUCCGGCAAUAGCAAAGGCGGCAAAAACUGUGGCAAGAUCAACUUUUCCCUCCGCUAUGACUAUGAGAACGAGAUGUUACUUGUCAAGAUACUCAAGGCAUUUGAUCUCCCAGCCAAGGACCUUUGCGGCAGCUCCGACCCAUAUGUCAAGAUCUACCUGCUGCCAGAUCGGAAACAGAAGUUCCAGACACGAGUCCAUCGUAAAACACUCAACCCCACGUUUGAUGAGUCCUUCCAGUUUCCGGUACCCUACGAUGAGCUACCCGUCAGGAAGCUCCAUCUCAGUGUUUUCGACUUUGAUAGGUUCUCACGGCACGAUAUGAUCGGGGAGGUCAUACUGGACAAUCUGUUUGAAGUGUCUGAUCUCUCAAGGGAGACCUCCAUCUGGAAAGACAUUCAGUAUGCUACCUCUGAGAGUGUGGACCUUGGGGAGAUCAUGUUCUCACUCUGCUAUCUACCUACGGCAGGCAGAUUAACACUCACUGUCAUCAAAUGCAGGAAUCUAAAGGCAAUGGACAUUACAGGAUAUUCAGAUCCCUAUGUGAAAGUAUCCCUCAUUUGUGAUGGAAGACGCCUGAAAAAGAAGAAGACCACAACAAAGAAAAACACCCUGAAUCCCACUUAUAAUGAGGCCAUUAUCUUUGACAUCCCUCCAGAGAGCAUGGACCAAGUCAGCUUGCACAUCUCAGUCAUGGACUAUGACCUGGUGGGGCACAAUGAGAUAAUUGGUGUGUGCCGUUUGGGCAGUGGUGCUGAAGGUUUAGGUAGAGACCACUGGAAUGAGAUGCUUGCAUACCCCCGUAAGCCAAUUGCACACUGGCACCCCCUGAUGGAACCUAAGAAAUCAGAAAAAGAGUGGAAAGCUAGAACGGCCAGUUUUGACAGUCAGGGGUCUUGUCCCUCCCCCAAACCUCCCGCCAGCCCUUGAUCAGAGCCAUAUGUAAAACUACAGGCUCGGCAUCCUCCGUUUGUCACUCCGAUGAAAACGAGAGCCCUGCUAUUUCCGUUUUCUCCUAUGGGUUGUUUUAGAUGGUUCCCUAACACUGAUCUAAGAUCCUGCUGUCUUUGCCCUGAUGUUCCUGAUGUUCAAGCUGUUCCAGUCCGUACGCUCCUCAGUCAAUUCUUGGGAGUGUUGUACAAACCUCUGUACCCAGAAUACUAUUCAAAGCCAGUGUUGUGUUCCUAGAAUAGCUUGGUAUUGUCAGCGGAGAUGUUUCUUUCCAAUAUGAAUUUUCCUGAAGCAUUUGAAAUCCGAUGCGGUGUUCUGCAAGCGGUCUACAUGCGAACAGAAGUUUCCGCACAACACUGCAAGGCUCUUUGUACAUGGCUCUGCUCAGAUCUAAAGACUUUGAAAGUAGGAUCAACUAUUGGAAGUACUGAGAAUGAGGUCAGAAAGCAUGGUGUAUAAAAUAUUGAGGGAAAAGGACAUUGUUUCGUGUGAGUGAGAAAAAAGAAGGGAAUGGAUUUGUCAUGUGCUGUAUACUAAGAACAAACCAUUUUCUCUGUCAAAUCCUUGUAUGAAAACUGUGUGAAGGUACAAGUUUUAUGAAGAAUAUUUAAAUAUUUAUCAGUUUAUAGAUGUUGUGUAAAUGUUGUGUGUAAAAAGAGACUAAAUUUAUCAGAGCACAACAAAUUUUUCCUAUCCUUUAAUUUCUUGCCAAAACAAAGAUGUUUACGUGUAAAGAAGUUCCUGUUCACACACAAAAACAUUUCACAUGUAGCUGAAUAAAUUUAUGUGAUUACAUUAAUAUUCAUCGGUGAGACCUGGAGAACAAAAGUGGGCAUUUAAGGUAAAAGUGCUGAAAUAUUCAUAGAGGUCUGAUUUGAUUUAUGUGGCUUUUAUUCACUUUGUUAUAAUAGCAUUUAAAAAGCUACAGAAGCGGUUCUGUAUCUUAGUAGCACUGCUUUUAAUAGAAAUUCAAUUCCUCUUUGAAUCCUCCUGCUGUUUCAAUCUAAUGUUGACAUCUCGUUCAUCUUUUGACAUGUAAUUUCAUUGUGAGUUAAAUUGGACUGUCAACGUUUUACGUAUUUUGACAUAUUGUCUGGGAAAAUGUCUUGAGUAAACAAUGUAUGCUCAAAUUUAUAAAAUAUACUCAUAUUCUGUACUGUAUAAAAGAGCAGGGUUACAUUAUAAAAUGUAAAAUUAUAGGCAAUUAACCAACGUUCAUCUUCAGAUUAAUAUUUGAUUUGAUUUUCAUGUAGACAAAAGGGAUAUUUGAAACUAUGUGAAUUAAAUAGUGAAUCAAUCAUCUGUAUAACCAAACAAUUUAAUAUAUAACUGUCAACUGAUCAGUUUCUGUAAAUUAAAUUAAAGAAAAGAAAAAAAACUAAUGCCAUGUUGCCCAAGAAUUAUUUUUAUAAUAUGUGAUGCUUAACAAAGCUAAACUGAGCAAUCAAAAUAAUAAUUAGUAUUACUUUUUGGAUUUUUAAUGUCAUAAAUGAUUUAACAAAAUUCAAUACUUUUAUUGCCCGCAAUAUUUUAUUUGUUUAUCCCUGUGGUUUCAAUCAUUUUGUUUUUACGUGGUUAAUUCAUUGAUAACACAGUUUAACUUGGAAUUUAAAUUUAACAGACAUGCUCAGGCAAACCCCUGCUAAGUGCUACAUUAUGAUUACUGUAGUUAAAGUUUCUCCAGUCAUUUUUUUUUUUUUUAAAGAAAAGAAAUUACAAUACUGCAUAUGCUGGAAACAAAUUACAUAAAUGCACAGAAAUGACAUUAGUUCAGAACUUCCAUUCAAGGUCCUGGACAUUUUGACUGUAUGUUUUAAAUAAGAAAAGACCGAAAAUUCAAUGCACGUACAAAUGCACAAGAGCUGACCAUUGAUAGAAACAACCUACUAUGCAGGAAGUUCAUUGUCACAGAUGGUGGGCACAGCUCAUGAUACCAGAACAAAGACUUUACACUGAUCUCCAGUUGGUGUUGCUGAAAUAUCUUAAAAUAUAUAUGGCACAUGGGGCUAGUUUUACAUAAUGUCCUCCAUCAUCUCCUAGGGUAUCUGUUAAGCUUUAAAUAUUUCUAUAUAGUAAAAUAGAUUUAAUAUUUUAACAGAAUCUUUAAAAAUUCCAAGUCAACUUGUUGAAGAAAUGGUUGUGACAAAGUACAACUUUUUGGUCCUGUUUUUACAAUAUCACCAAUGUUGUAAUACUCCGAUAACAUAGAGUGUGUUUCUGUAGGUGAAUGUAAAGUUAAUAAGGUUCAGAUCUGGUUCUUUACCUCAUCACUAACUCUUGUGUGCUGGUGUUUUAACAACCUGUUUUUGCCCCCUUGUGAAUCUGAACAACUUUCUAAUUUUGUAUUGAUCAUUUGUACUUGCAAUAUAACUUGUAAUGUUUGAAAAAGUUCUUGUAUUUCAAAAAUGCCAAAAUAAAAUGUUGGUUCAGUCAUUUCAAGGAUAGAGUUGCUUCUUCUCAGUCUUGUGAACAUCAAAUCACAAAUGGUGGGUUAGUAUUGAUCAGUCACUUAUAUUGAGACUGUUUAUCGUCUCAUAUUUUUAAUAAUAUGUGCAACAAAAGCAAUAUACCUUUGUAUUCCUAAAGGUAAAGGAUUAGUUCACCCAAAAAUGUCAAUUUUGUCAUCAUUUACUCACCCUCAAGUUGUUCCAAAACCAAAAACUUUUUUCAUUUAUUGAAUCAUUUUGUUAAAUGCUGUUGACCAUUUAAAGGGUUAGUUCACUCAAAAAUGAAAAUUAGCCUGUGAUUUACUCACCCUCAAGGCAUCCUAGGUGUAUAUGACU